AUGGCCUCUCAAUUCGGUAUGCGCACUGCGCAAACCGCAUUCCGCCAAUCCGCCUUCAACCUCCGCAAUCUCACGCAGCGCCGCCUCGCAUCAACCGCACCGCCCUCCCCCGCAGCAGGCACAAACGCCCAAGUCGUGAAAGAUGCCGCUGUUGAGCAGAAAGGCUUCGCAAAGCUAUGGAACUCCCCCGUAGGCCCCAAGACGGUCCAUUUCUGGGCACCCAUCAUGAAGUGGGGUCUCGUCCUCGCCGGCGCCGCAGAUUUCGCUCGACCAGCAAAGGACAUUUCGCUCUCGCAAAACGCUGCUCUCAUGGCCACGGGAUUGAUCUGGACGAGAUGGUGCUUUGUUAUCAGGCCGCAGAACAUGUUCUUGGCCAGUGUUAACUUUUUGCUGUUUUGUGUGGGAACCACACAGGUCACGCGGGUGUUGACCUACCAGAACAGCUUGAAGGGUACCGACGGUGUGAUUGAUGCGAUCAAGGGCGAAGGAAAGGACUUUGRGCACGCGGUGGAGAAGGCUGAGGCCAAGGUGGAAGCUAAGCUGUCCAAGUAG